AUGGAUUUACCCAUAGUUCAUAUAAGGAAUCUUCCUUAUGAUACAUCAUCAACAUCAUUAUUUGAAUUAUUUGAAGAUUACGAUGUUCAUAGUAUACGGACCAAACCCGGAUCAUGCUUUGUGAUAUUAAAGCAGAUGAAAAACGCUCAAGCAGCAGUUGAAAAAUUGAAUGGGAUAAAUUUCAAUGGGAGAUAUAUCAUAUGUGGGAUAUUUAAUGCCCAUAUUGAUAACAAAGAUUUACUUACAGAAGAUACAUUAAAACUUAUAGAUAAUUAUCAAGCAUAG